AUGCGUCGUCUUGUACUUGUGCUUUUUCUAACAGCAGUCACUUACGCUGAGUUGACCAGCAGCGAGAUCACCAAGCAUGCUCGUGCAAUUUUCAAUGACUGCACUACCUGCCGCAUAAUGAGUGCACUGAAAGAGCGGCCUCAGACUUUGAAGGAGGUAAAAUCCGGUAUCGCAGUUCUGCCACCUGUCAUGCGCCCUCCCGCUGUACAAGCAUUCCAGCAAUGGACAAAUCACAUUCUAGAAGGUCCAGCUGCUGACUGCAGACCCGUCUGCGAAAAGGCGAAUUUGAAUGCGGCAGCAUGUGAAGCACUGUCAGCCAUGGCUGAGCAUGCUAACGAGCAUACGGACACUCUACAAAUUGUGAGCAAACGGCUUUGCAAAGACGAUAAAAGCUGUCUCAAGAAGGAACUUAGCAACAACCAACUGAUAAUGACCGUUGUCAAAGAUUUUAUUCAUCUUCUUGCAUCCAUGGUCGAUCCUCAGAAAACUUGCGGAAUAGAAGCGCCCAUCAAGCGGAACCAUGGUAUCUCUCUUUAUACAAACAAGGAGUUUCUGAAUUGCCAGCUAUGCUAUUCAUUUCUCCAAUUUAUCAACACUGCUUUCAUAGGCGGUGCGACAGAAACUUCAAAAGCAGUCUUAAACGCAAUCGGCAAAGCUGGAGAGGACGUUUGCAAAAUUCUGGAUCUACCUGCUCUUUUACAUCUUCUCGUGCCUGGGCUUGGACAACUCAAGUGCGAAGACAUGCCCGCAGUUAUAAUACUCGCAUUUCAAUAUGUCAUUGCGCCUCUCUUUGGUGCAAAAGCUGGACAAACGUGUACACGCUUCUAUCCUUACUGCAGCGAUGAUCUUGAAGCACUCAUCCAUUUUAGAAGACUCGACGGGCCGUCGCAGCUGCUGCAAAGGGCGCAGAAUUCUAUUCGACUGCAGUGGAAGUUCCACGUGCAACUCUGCGGACGCGUUGUCCUACCCAGCAAUUGUGCAGCUGAUGCAACAAAUUCAUUCUGA